AUGAUGGCUCGUGCCCGCCUGGCUGCGGCUCUGAUCCCAGCCAUGGCCAUCCUCUCCUGCCUGAGAUCCGAGAGCUGGGACCCUUGUAUACAGGUGGUUCCUAACAUUAGUUACCAAUGCAUGGAGCUGAAUCUCUACAAAAUCCCUGACAACAUCCCCAUAACAACCAAGAUGCUGGACCUGAGCUUUAACUACCUGAGACAUUUAGGCAGCCAUAACUUCUCCAGCUUCCCAGAGCUGCAAGUGCUGGAUUUAUCCAGAUGUGAAAUUAAGAUUAUUGAAGACGACACAUUUCAGGGCCUAAACCACCUCUCCACCUUGAUACUGACGGGAAACCCUAUCCAGAGUUUAGCCUGGGGAGCCUUUUCUGGGCUAUCAAGUCUACAGAAGCUGGUGGCCGUGGAGACAAACCUAGUAUCUCUAGAUGACUUCCCCAUUGGACAUCUCAAAACCUUGAAAGAGCUUAACGUGGCUCACAAUUUUAUCCAUUCCUUCAAGUUACCUGAAUAUUUUUCUAACCUGCCCAACCUGGAGCACUUGGAUCUUUCUAACAACAAAAUCCAAAAUAUUUAUUAUGAAGAUGUGAAAGUUCUACAUCAAAUGCCCCUACUCAACCUCUCUUUAGAUUUGUCCCUGAACCCUUUAGACUUUAUUGAACCAGGUACCUUUAAAGAAAUUAAGCUCAAUGGAUUGACUCUGCGAAGUAAUUUUAACAGUUCAGAUGUCAUGAAAACUUGUAUUCAAGGUCUGGCUGGUUUAAAAAUCAACCGGCUGGUUUUGGGAGAAUUUAAAAAUGAAAGGAAGUUGAAAAGAUUUGACAGAUCUUUCCUGAUGGGACUCUGCAACCUGACCAUUGAACAAUUCCGGAUAGCAUACUUGGGCGAAUUCUCGGGGGAUGAUACAGAAUUAUUUAAUUGUUUGGCAAAUGUUUCUGGGAUUUCUCUGUUGAGUAUAUCUUUAGGAAGUCUACAAGCCCUUCUUAGAGAUUUUAGAUGGCAACGCUUAGAAAUGAUUAACUGUGAUUUUGAACAGUUCCCUGCACUGAAGCUCGGUUCUCUCAAAAAGUUUGUUUUCAUAGACAACAAAGGUAUAAGCAGUUUUAAUGAGUUUCAGCUACCAAGCCUUCAGUAUCUAGAUCUCAAAAGAAAUCACUUGAGUUUCAAGGGUUGCUGUUCUCACACUGAUUUUGGGACAACCAAACUGAAGCAUUUAGAUCUGAGCUUCAACGAUGUCAUUACCUUAAGUUCAAACUUCAUGGGCUUAGAGCAACUAGAACAUCUGGAUUUUCAGCAUUCCACUCUGAAACAGAUCAAUGCUUUUUCAACAUUCCUAUCACUCAGAAACCUCCGUUACCUUGAUAUUUCUUAUACCCACACCCGGAUUGUCUUCCACGGCAUCUUUACUGGCUUAGUCAGUCUCCAAACCUUGAAAAUGGCAGGCAACUCUUUUCAGAACAACUUGCUCCCUGAUAUCUUCACAGAGCUGACUAACUUAACCAUCUUGGACCUCUCUAAGUGUCAACUGGAACAGGUAUCCCAGACAGCAUUUCACUUCCUCUCUAGCCUUCAGGUGCUGAAUAUGAGUCACAACAAACUCUUGUCAUUGGAUACACAUCUUUAUGAACCGCUCCAUUCGCUCCAGAUCCUAGACUGCAGUUUCAACCGUAUCAUGGCUUCUAAGGAGCAAGAACUACAGAAUUUGCCAAGGAGCCUCACUUGGCUAAAUCUUACUAAGAAUGAAUUUGCUUGUGUUUGUGAACACCAGAGUUUCCUGCAGUGGGUCAAAGACCAGAGGCAGCUCUUGGUGGGAGCUGAGCAAAUGAUGUGUGCAGAGCCUCCAGAUAUGAAGGACAUGCCGGUGCUUAGUUUCAGGAAUGCCACUUGUCAGAUGAGCAAGACGAUCAUUAGCGUGUCGGUUGUCACUGUACUCCUGGUAACUGUGGUGGGAGUCCUGGUCUAUAAGUUCUAUUUCCACCUGAUGCUUCUUGCUGGCUGCAAAAAGUAUGGCAGAGGUGAAAGCACCUAUGAUGCCUUUGUAAUCUACUCGAGCCAGGAUGAAGACUGGGUGCGGAAUGAGCUGGUGAAGAACUUGGAGGAGGGCGUGCCCCCCUUUCAGCUCUGCCUUCACUACAGGGACUUUAUUCCUGGGGUGGCCAUCGCUGCCAACAUCAUCCAGGAAGGUUUCCACAAAAGCCGCAAGGUCAUUGUCGUGGUGUCCCAGCACUUCAUCCAGAGCCGAUGGUGUAUCUUCGAGUAUGAGAUUGCCCAGACCUGGCAGUUUCUGAGCAGCCGUGCCGGCAUCAUCUUCGUCGUCCUGCAGAAGCUGGAGAAGUCUCUGCUGCGGCAGCAGGUGGAGCUCUAUCGCCUUCUGAGCAGGAACACCUACCUGGAGUGGGAGGACAGUGUCCUGGGGCGGCAUGUCUUCUGGAGAAGACUCAGAAAGGCCUUGCUGGCUGGUAAACCCCGGAGUCCAGAAGGAACAGCAGAUGCAGAAACCGACCCACAGGAAGCGACAACCUCCACCUGA